UCAUGUCCUAGAUCCUGUCUACAAAGGGCCCACCCCUCCCCCCUCGCCCUCUCUAUCUGUCAAGCAUUCUGAGGACGGGGCACAGGGAGGUGCAGAGUGGGGUGAGGGGUCAACUCACCCCCCCCAGGCUGAAAGUGACAACAAAUGGGUGUUGUCACCAACGAGUCACCAACAGUCGCCCACAAGAAGUCGUAGGCGUGUCUGUGGGAGCCGUCCGUUGUCCAUGACCGACUUCGAGGACAGUCUGACUGAAUGUGACCAGGCCGAGCCAGACUUCAGUGAGCUGUCUGUGGAGCUAAAGCAAACCUCAGAGGACUACACUUACCUCUCCACCACCUCUGUCACUAUGACAAUGGAACGGGUCACAGAGAACAUCAGUAUUACAGCCAAGCCUAUAAAUGUACCACAGUCUACUCAGCUGCCUCAGUCUUCUGAGGUGGUACGACCCAAAGAGACACAUAAGAUAUUCUCAAAGGAUCAUAUUGACGAGGUGUCACACAGACUUUACAAAGUCCUGUUUGGGUAUGUAGUGAAGUCAACUAGUAAAGGAUCCAGGAAAACACCAAUGGAAUUGGAUGAAGUGGCGGGUACUUACAGAGCCAGCCCGGUUUAUGCAGAGGAUUCCCCUACCUCCAUGCCUUUGAUUGAUGUAGACCAGGCUGAGCUUUAUGUCAGACCUGUAGAUAUCAGUCCCUUGAUCCCAGAGUCUAUCUCCUUUGAAGUGGGUAAGGAAUCCCAGACAAUAGCUCAAACAUCAUCUGACGUGUCAAGAACCACUCUCAUUUCAGAUUCGGUCAAAGUAAAAUCCAUUGUCAGCACUGCAUUAAUCCAGAUGUCACAUGAAUCAACUGCUGAGCCCCCAGGAGAGGUGUUAGAUCCUCCAGUGGCUGACUCCAGAUCAGCCAAAUCUGUUAUACCGGAGGUAGAGUACAGUUUUGCGAUAACCUUACCUAUCACUCAACACAAGCCUUCAAGUCAGGAGGAAGCCUUUGUUACAUUCUUAUCAGAGUCAUUCAUGCCUUUGGUGCCAGAAUCUACAGCCUCCGAAACCGAAAAAAAGUCUUCAUCCCCUGACUCAGGGUCUGAGUAUGCUACUAAAUUUGUAGUUUCAAUGCAUGAUCGAUCAUCUUCCCCAGAGUCAGUGACUUCAGAUGAUAGGUCUGGGUUCCAAUCACCUGAAUCCCCUAUACUAGAGUAUCGCCUGUCAACACCUGAUUCAUCCAUACUGUUGACUGAGAGUAGAGCCUCAUCCCCUGAAUCACUGUCAUCCGUUACUGAACUUAGGCUUCUUUUGCCUGACUCGUCCAUACCUAAUUUUAGACCCCUGUCUCCUUUACCAUCCCCUGAGAUUAAAUGGGAAACUGCAAAAUUACCUGCUUAUGCCUCUGGACAAAUGUUUAGGCCAUUGACAUCUAUGGUUCCAAACAAGGGAGAGUUUACCAGAGCGAUAUCUCCAGGUAGUGAAAGUAGUUAUUGUCGAUCUAUUUCACCUGAAUCUGUAAUUUACGAAGCUGAAGACAGAGCAUCGUCUCCUGAAUCAGUAAUUCUGGAAACAGUGAGGUGGCAUUUUUCAUCAGAUAGACCACUAUCUCCUGAAGAGGAUUUACAGAAGAGGGUAUCAUCACCUGAAUCUACCGGGUCAGUCAAUGAACAUAGACCCCUAUCCCCUGAUUCUCCUGUACCUGAGUUUAGACAGGUCAUACCUGAAUCGGUUAUCUCCACUUCGGGAUACAGAUCAUUCUCACCUGAAUCAGAGACUUCAGUGACUUCAGAAACUGAAUGUAUACCAUUGGAGGCUUUUGCCUUUUGGCAGAGACCAGACUCACCUGAGUCUUCAAGAUCAGUAGAUGAAGAUAUAUUUCUGUCUCCAGAUUCACCAAUUCCACAAUGUUGGCAAUCUGAACCCAUUGCUUUAGUGACGUUCUGUAGAACAUCAUCAUCCCAGUCUAUAUUUUCAGAUGUAGAUUAUGAAACUGCACCCUUAGUUUCAUUACUUUAUAAGGAUAGACCUUCAUCAUCUGAAUCAGUAGCAUCGAUAGAUGAGUACAGAGCGCUAUCACAUGAAUCACCUAUACCUCAGUUUCGACACUUAUUACCCGACUCUAUUGUUGAUUAUAGAUCAGAUUCAUCUAAAUCAGUAUUGUCAGACACUGAAUAUGUUCCAAUGUCGCUGGAGUCUAUAGCUGCAGCGCAUAGAUCAGAUUCACCUGAAAAUGUUGACUUUGAAAAGGAGAUCACGUAUCCAGCGUUGACCAAAUUGGAAUCCCCUAAACUCCUUGUUUUUCCAUCCGUGACAAAAGCAAAGUUGACACUUGUUCCAGAAAAAUUACAAUUGGCAGCAGAAUCAUUUGAAGCCAUUAAACCUAACCCUUUAAUGUCAGAACCUGCUAUUUCAACAGACAUGCAAAAUAUACAUCCAGAUAUACAGCAGUCCACUGAAAAGGGCAAAAGAAAACUCAAUCCAUUGUCGGCAAAGACGAAACCCGCAAAAAAAAUUAAAUCAAAGUCCGCCAAAAUUGAUCCAGCAUCUGAAUCAGAGACCGAAAUUCCUGCUGAAAUACAAUUAUCUGAGUCAGCAUUAUCUUCUACAAACCCACCUCCAACGAAACCUGCAGAAGUUGUAACUGCACCUAAACCAGCACUACCCGAAUCUACUAAACCUGAACCUCACAAAGGACUAUCAGUACCUGAUGUAGCUCAACCUUCAGAAGACCAACACAUGGUACUAUGCGUGUCACCAAUAACUGUAACUGAAUCAGGUGUAUAUGUCCCUGAAAGUCCACCAAUCAUAUUCAAGUACACAGCUCCACCCUUUCUGGAAUCUAGUAAACCUCAACCUCUAUUAGGUCUAUCAGCCACUGGUGACGAGGCUCAACCUCCAGAAGAUCAAGACAUGGUACUAUGCGUGUUGCCAAUAACUGUAACUGAAUCAGGUAUUAAUGUCGCUGAAAGUUCACCAAUAUUAACCGAGUCCUCAACUGCACCAUUAUUUGAAUUUAGUCAAACUGAACCUCAAAAAGGACUAUUAGUACCUGCCUUGGCUCAAUCUUCAUCUGUAUCACCAUCUGUGUCACCAAUAACAGUAUCCGAAUCAGGGACACAUGUCCUUCCAUCAGCAAUACUAGUGCCAGAGUACAGACUUGUGUAUGAUGCAGAACUUUGGAAGCUUAUCUCUCAAGUAAAUGACCCACAAUAUGUAGGAGAAACCUACUGUAGUAAAACAGGUGUGUUUGAGUAUGCUGGACAAAGAAUGGAGUAUGAGGUGACAUCGGAACCUGAACGUAAAUCGUUAUCAAUAGAUUCUCCAGCUGAGGAGAAUGACUCUAAGCCACUGUCACCGGAGUCAUUAUCAGAGUACAGACCCAUGUCAUCUUCAUCCCUGAUGCUGUUGGAGGAUAUUAAAACAAUGUCUCCUGCGUCUACAAGAACAACGGAUGAAAAUAGGUCAUUGUCACCAGAUUCCCCCGUACCCAAAUAUUCACCAUUGUUCUGUGAAGCUGUUCAGUUUCACCUUAGGUCAUCAUCACCUGAAUCGUUACCAGAUGAUGAGGUUUCUGAGAUAUUUGAGUCAAGAUUUGUAGCUAUUGAAGGUAGACCCUUAUCGCCUGAGUCGACUGGAUCAGUCAGUGAGAAUAACUCACUUUCAAAAGACAAAGACAUGGUACCUUGUGUGUCACCAAUAACGGUAGAAGAAUCGGGUGUAGAAGUCCCUGAAAGUCCACCAAUAAUAUUUGAGUCCACAGCCCAAUUCAUUUCUGAAUCAUCUAAACCUGAGUGUCAGAAAAUACUUUAUGUACCUAAUUUAGCACAACCUUCAAUAGAGCAAGAUUUGACGCCAUCCAUGUCAACAAUAACGGUAACUGAAUCAGAUGUUGAUGUCCCAGAAAGUCCACCAAUAACAUUCGAGUCCACAGCCCAAUUAUUUCCUGAAUCUAGUAAACCUGAAGCUCAGAAAGGACUGUCAGUACCUGAUUUCACCCACACUCCAAAAGAACCAUCUUUGUCACCAAUAACAGUAUUUGAAGAAGGAAUACUUGUCAUUCCAUCAGUCAUACGAGUCCCAGUUUACAAACUUAAGUAUGAUGCAGAGCUUUGGAAGCUGAUCUCUCCAAUACAUGACCCCCAUUAUGUAGGGGAAACCCCCAAAACGGGUAUAUUUGAGUAUGCUGACAAUAUCAUAGAGUAUGUACAGACAUCAGAAAGAGAAAGUCAAAGUUCAUCAACUGAGGUUACUGAGGAAAGACCACUCACACCUGAUUCUGAGUCUGAAUAUAGGCCUCUCGCAACUGAGUCAGUUAAGAUAAAGGCUGUUUUGAGAUCAGAUUCAGCAGAGUCAGUAAAGUCAUUGAAAGCAUGUCAAUCUUUAUCUCUGAAUUCUCCCAUACCCCAAUAUUCACUAUUUUCCCUUGAAACGGCUCAAUCCUAUCAUAGAUCAUUGUCACCUGAAUCAGUAUCUGAUUCAGAUGUUGAAAUAGACCCAAAAUAUUCAAUAGCUCUGGGUAUUGACACGAGAUCGUCCUUUCCUGAAUCUCUAGGAUCUGUCCAUGAACAUAGAUCACUGUCCCCUGACUCUCCUGUACCUCCGUUUAGACAGGUAAUACCUGAAUCUGUUCUUGGAUACAGAUCCUCAUCGCCUGAAUCAGUGACUUCAGAAACCAAAUUUAUACUUUCUGAGGCUUUUUCCUUUUGGCAGAGACCAGACUCACCUGAGUCAAUAGCAUCAGAUACAGAGGAAAGACCCCUAUCACCUGAGUCUUUAUCAGAGUAUAGAAUCAUGUCUCCUGAAUCAGUCAUGCAACUGACAAACAGCAGAUCAUCAUCACCUGAAUCUACAGCAUCAGUGGAUGAGUACAGGUGUCUUUCUCCAGAUUCCCCCAUGCCUGAGUUUAGACAGGCAUUACAAGAAUCUAUCGUUUCAAUGGUUGGAUAUAGGUUCUCAUCCCCUGAAUCAUUGGCAGAUUAUGAAACAGAAUCUGAAACAGAAUACACUCUUUUGAUUUCUGAGAUUGAAGAUAGACCCGACAGUCCCGAUUCAACGGCAUCAGUAGAUGAGUUUAAAGCUCUGUCACCAGACUCCCCAGUACCCAAGUACACACAGCACGAAACUACUACACUAGUGGCAUGGAAUAGAUCAGCAUCGCCUGAAUCGAUAUGCUCAGAUACGGAAUCUGAAAUAGAGUUAUUCAUAGUUGCCUCAAUUCUUCUUAAGGAUAGAUGCUCAUCAGCUGAAUCAAUUGCAUCUAUAGAUGAAUGCAUGGCAUUGUCUCCUGACUCCCCCAUACCUCAGUUUAGACAGAUGUUACCUGAAUCUGCUAUUUCAACCAUUGGGUACAGGUCAUCAUCACCCAAAUCAUUUGCUUCAGAUAUUGAACAUGCACCACUCAUUUCUGAGUCCUUAUUUGAUGAGGUGAGACCAGACUCACCUGAAUCAGUGGCAUCAGUUGAUGAACAUAGACCAUUAACACCCGAGGGUCCUGUCCCUGAUUAUAGGGAGGCGUUACCAAAAUCUGUAUCAAUAAGGGAAUUAUCCUCCACUGGAUCAGUGUUGUCGGAUUCGGAACACUUCAUAUCAACUGCAGAGUAUUUUGCUACUGAACCUACGCAAUUGUCACCUGAAUCAGUAGAAUCAAACUGUGGGGAAACAGAGUUGUCAGCCAAAAGUCUCAUUCCUGAGCGCGCAUUACCAUCAGAAAUAUUGGCACGUGAAGAAACAGACCAGAAAUCAAUGGCUGGUUCACCUAUACCUGGAACAACCAUGAUGGUGGAAGAAUACAAUCUUAUGUACGAUGCACCUGAGUCUUUGCCUGACUGCCAACCCAUGUCACCUGCAACAUUAGUGUUAAAGGCAGAUGUUGGAAUAUCAUCACCCGAAUCUGUGAUAUUAGAGAAACAAGUUGAGAAGGAUAGAUCGCUAUCCCCUGAGUCAGCUGAAUACAGACCCAUGUCUCUAGAAUCAGCCAUGUCAAUGGUUGACGUUAGAACAUCUUCACCUGAAUCAAUGCAUGAAAUGAAUGACAACAGGUCGCUUUCUCCAGACUCACAGAUCCCUCAGUAUACAAUAUCAGGUGUAUCACGAAUGGAUUCAUGUAAUAUGGAGUAUGCCACAAUAGAACACAGGUCAUCAUCACCUGAAUCAACGUCUUCUGGCUCUGAGUAUGAGCUAAUGGCCAUAUCACCUUCAGCAUUAGAGAGUAGGCCAUCCUCACCUGAUUCCCUAGAAUCAGUUGGCAGGAAUCGGCGGCUUUCGCCUGACUCACCGGUGCCUCAGUUUAUGAGGAUUUUAUCUCAGUACUUCAUGGAACCCCUUAGUGAUAUAACGUCUUCACCUGAAUCCGUGUCAUCAGACACUGUAUUCGUAGCCUUACCUCUAGAUUAUUGGGCCGAUGUCCUCCGAAGGCAGUCGUCUCCUGAAUCCGGUGAAUCAGAUGAAGAGUUAAGUUUAGUUAUUACAGGUAGAGAAACAAUGACAUUUAAAGCAGGUACGUUGAGUGAUGUGACAACUGUUUUAACUUCUGAGCGUGUCCCAUUGUCACCCAAAGAAAAGUCCUUGGGUGUCACUCUGUUGUCAGUCCCCGAUAAUGAAUUUGAAAUAGAUCAGGGACAAAUGAGCACGACAGAUCAAGGCUUAUCAAGGGUCAGUGGACUAGUAGCAGAAAUGGUUACCUCAUCUACGGAAUGGACACAGACAAAGCAUGGUUCAGAGCAUGCUGAAACCAUCCCAGCUCCCCAAGCCACUAUUGGUUUGGAAGACGUCAAAAAGGUCCAGAAAGACGUCCCAGUAAGUCAACAACCAGUGAAGGUCCAGGACGGAAAAGAGGAAGAAGUAGAGGUCCUGUGCCCCAGUGCGGAUACAAUAAACACCCAGGAAGACCCACAGAGGGCUCCGUCUCAAACUGCCAAGGAAAUACUGUUGCAGACCGGUUAUGGAAAGAUGCAAAGUGAAUUCAAGUCUACCAUGAUAAUGGAAAGUACUUUUCAUGAGCCAAAGGCAGUUCCAGCCUUCAGUCAAGAAACCAGUGUAUCGGUCCUGGCAUCUACUAAACAGAUGAAGACAGCCACAGGCUACGAACCUCUUAUAUCAACUCCAUUGCAGAUCAGUGAACAAGACCCCUUCACUACCCAUAGAGCAGUCACACCUAAACUAAAGAAACCUGACUCUGCCCGUCAGGAAUUCCUUGGCUCGAGUGAAUUUACAUGCAAGGAAUUUGAGCAGAAUCAAUCGGGUGAGUUAUUUUCGCCGAUGUCAAGCCAAUUCCUGGUGCCUCCAGACUAUGAAGCUGUGUUUUCUGGACGCCAGUCUCUGAGAGUCUCUGAGUGUAGCCAGGUGUCUCCCACUGAUAUGAGUCCAGUUUUGCCCGUCUUCAGUGACUCUCUGUCAGAUAAGAGUCAGGUCACGACGACCACCCUGAUAGGUCUUGAGUCCGCUUCCAAGUCUGUUACACCUGGAUCCGCAGAAGCCUUUGAAUUCUCCCCAGACUUUAAGCGAGUGCUCGGGGAAUUUGAGAAAUCACUCUCUGCAUUUGGACCAGAUAUCCAAUCAGAUUCCGCCCAAGAAGACUCAGACCUGGAGUUCUUUGACUGCAAAGAUGACUUGUCAGACUUCUUAGAGCCAGAGGAUCUGGAGCCAGAGGAACCUGAAGACCUCUACCACAUUGAAGAGCCUCCUUCCCCAACCCCCUUCGGCAGCACACCGGAGACAGGCUUCCUCAAAGGGAGCCCUAUAUACAGCACACAGUUCCUACGGGUGGAUGACCAAAAGCGCUUCUCAUCGGGUAGUGAAAGUCUUGGGGAUUAUGGCAUUUAUGACAGACCAGAAAGUGAAAGUGAAACUGUACCUACAUGUGAAGAGCUUCCCUCCAGGUCGCGGGCAGGGUACGAUGACGAUGAGUACUCUCUGGAACGGGUAAGAGGUCGAGCAUGACGACUGCACCCUGCCCUGGCUUGUGUCCCAGCUUCUCAGGCUGAUUGCAGUGUUACCACAGUCCAGAGAGGACAUCAACUCACUCAAACACAAGUAUAAAAAGCUUAUCAGUGCUGUGUUUGCAUGUGUGUAUACUUACAAGACAAUACACUGUAAGUCAAACCACUGGUCACUGACCAACACAAUGGAGUAAUCAUGGGACAAAAUCAGGAAUAAGGAAUAUACUUACCUUUGAGAAUGUUUGCUUGCUGUGUUUGCUAAUUAUUUUCCUAUUUUCAGCUAAGGUAUUUGAUACAAUGAAGAGAACCCACACUACAUACGAAUAAAUUCCAUUAAAAAAAGUGAAAUAAUUGUCUAACCUUUACUGUCAAUACUUCAUAUUCCACAUCAACAUUCCAAACAGAGGUAUUUGUUUAGACUUUAACCACAAUUUCUUUGGAUUAUCGUUUACAUAUCUUGCAUGGCUGGUUUUGUUGAAGGGGUGUUGUACAACUGGGCCUUCUCUUCAUCUUCCAUCUCCAACACCAUUUCAUAGAACCUCUCUCAUAUUUGAUUUAUUUCUGAAAAGUUAUAUCAGGUCUACGAUAGCCUACUUUUGAAUGCCUUUUUGCUAUUCCAAUGAGAUAAAAGUAAAAAGUCCAACCGAGAAAGAGAAAAGAAGGAACACUGUUGCUUGUUGUUUUGUUCUUGCAGUAACUGUGCCUGCAGUAACUGUUCUUGCAGUAACUGUGCCUGCAGUAACUAUACAAAAUGUGUAACCAUGAUAUAAUGAUCUAUUAUGCUCACAAUGGCUGUGUGCUGUCUCUCAGGAGAUAAAUGAGGAGCUAGGGUUGCUGUCAUCGGAUAACUCAGAGGAAGAGGUGUUAACCUCCAGGGUGGUCCGACGCAGAG